CUCUUGAGUCUUCACGCCUUCCGUCGCCAGGCUUCGCGAAUCACCACCGCGUAUCUCGUUUCACUCUCAGCAUGCCGUGCGGCGUGGGGAAUCUCCCCCGCACCUCUCACUUCCCCAAGCACCAAGCACCGCCAACUCACCCUCUCUACUCCCCUCCUCCUCCGCCUCUCGCCAAUCACCCAAGGCACAACACGAGCGGAGCGCCGCCGUGGCAAUAGAGAGGAGCGCCAGCGUCGACAACUGCGCCGCGCGCCAUUGGGCGGACACGGACCCCGAGCGCCGGCGUUUAUCUUCCACAUUCUCGACGCGACUGCAGUGCAACCUCGACUCGGACUCUGAUUCCGGCGACGACGACGACAAGACGACAAGACGACAAGACGACAAGAGGAGAAGAAAUAUGAGCGCUCGCUUGUUUGCUGCUUCGCUCCGCCGUGGCGCCCGCGGGCUUGUGACUGCCGCGCGGCCUGCGUCCAGGUCUGGCGCUGGCUCGGGGGGAGCUUGGGCAAGGAGGGCUGUCGUCGCUGGCGUGGUCGCUGUUCCUACCAUCUACUUCCUCACCCGCGACAAUAUCGAGCUCGACACAAGAGCUGCGCCCAAAGGCCGCAGCGUGAGCGUCGCCGAUGUCAUCCAGCGCCGCGAAGGCCCGGAGAUUUGGGUCGUAAUCGAUGGCGAAGUAUACGACAUGACAAAGUUCCUCGAAGACCACCCCGGCGGGCGCGACAUCAUCGUCGCGAACCGCUCGCGCGACGUGACCCCGAUCUUCAAGCCGCGCCACCCCAGCGACCAGCUCAUGCCGGGCCACUUGCCCGCAGACGUGAAGCACCUCGGCCCGCUCGAGCCCGCGAGCGCAGACGAGCUCGGAGCAAUCAAGCUCCAGAUCUCGGAGGAGCAGCUGGCCGAGGACGAGCGUGUGCGUGUCGAGCGCCAGAAGAUGGAGGAGCGCGGGCUCGGCGUCAUUGUCAACAUGAAAGACUUUGAAAAGUUUGCCGAGCCGCUGUUAUCCAAGGUCGCGUGGGCGUACUACGCGUCUGCAGGCGACGACGAGAUCACCAAACUCGCCAACGCAUCGGCGUAUCAGAAGGUACUGUUCCGCCCGCGCGUCCUCCGCCGCGUGGAACAAUGCGACGCCUCGACGCGGCUCAUGGGCUGCCCGUCCUCUCUGCCAAUCUACAUCGCCCCCGCCGCCAUGGCCAAGCUCGGGCACCCGCUCGGCGAAAUCAACUUGACACGCGGCGCCGGCAGCACCGGCAUCAUCCAGGGCAUCAGCUCGAACGCGUCGUGCAGUAUGGACGAGAUGCUGGCGGAGCGGGAGGAGGGCCAACCCCUUUUCUACCAGCUCUACGUGAACCGCGACCGGGCGAAAGCCGAGGAGCUGGUGCGCAAGAUUGAUGCGGGCAAAUUCGACGCAAUCAUGCUGACGGCGGACGCGCCGGUCGGUGGCAAGCGCGAGCGCGACAUCCGGCUCAAGGGCGAGUUUGAGGGCCCGGCCGGCGGCGUCGCCGUGAAAAGCAAGGACACGGCGGGCGUCGCACAAGCCAUGUUCGCGGGCGUCGACCCCAACCUCGACUGGGACGACGUGCGUUGGCUGCGCGGCCUCACCUCCAUCCCCGUGAUGGUGAAGGGGGUGCAGUGCGUCGAAGACGCGCUGCUCGCCUACGCCGCGGGAUGCGACGGCAUCGUCAUCUCAAACCACGGCGGGCGGCAGCUCGACACGACGCGCCCCGCGCUCGACGUGCUCCUCGAGAUCCGGCGGCUGGCGCCGCACCUCCUCCGCCCCGAGUUUCGGGCGCCGACAGGCCCGUCCGCCGACUCGCUCGCCGCGCCGGACCGCCUCACGCCCCCCGACCGCCCCGACGCGGCCGGCAUGCCCCGCCGCUUCGAGAUCUUCAUCGACGGCGGCGUGAGCCGCGGCACCGACGUCGUCAAGGCGCUGUGCCUCGGCGCAAACGGCGUGGGUAUCGGCCGCGGGUUUUUGUACGCGCAAAGCGUGGCCGGCGAAGAGGGCGUCGAGCACGCCGUGGAGAUCAUGAAGAGCGAGAUCGAGCUCGCUAUGCGCCUCCUCGGCGCCACCCGCAUCGAGCAGCUGCGGCCGAGCAUGGUCGAGGUUGUGGGGGAGCCGCCGCGGGCGGCGUAGGCAGGAAUAGAGUACAAUGCAUACGAAAUAGGGUC